AUGAUCUUCAAUGACGAUGAGGAUGAAGUACCCGACAUAUAUAUAAGCCCAUCAGAACCAAAUGUGCUAACUGAUGAGGACUCGGCAGACGAAGAUGAUGGUGGACUUAUAGAUGAUCUUUCAGGAAGACAACUGUUAUCAGAUGCUGAGAUCCACGUCCGUGGAGUUGACCAACCGACUGGAGCAGAUCUGGAGGAAGAAGACGUUGUUGAUGACUCGCAACCUCUAUCAGAGUUAGGCAUCGAAGCGCAUGAAGAGCUACUGAGAACGUUAAAGGGGAGAAAAUAUGACAAGAGGACAUGGUUAGAUGGAGAUAUGACAAAAUCGUCUCAUUUUCCUGCACCGGACUUCUCUGAAUUUCGUGAUAUGAGCCCAGCCGGUUUGUUCGAAUUAUUCUUUGAUGAAGGUAUGAUGCUGUACAUUUUGGAGGAAACAAAAAAGUACGCCUUAUUUUCGACCUGUCCAGAUCCACAGGUUACUAUGGAAGAACUUAGAUGUUUUCUGGCCAUACUUAUCGUUUCUGGUUACAAUAUUCUUCCAGGAAAAAGAUUUUAUUGGGAUUCUGGAGAAGACAUGUCCAAUGGCAUGAUAAAAGAAGCGAUGCGUCGGGACAGAUUUAUUCAAAUAAUGCGGUUUGUGCACUGCGCUGAUAAUACCAAAAUGGAUCCCCAGGAUAAAAUGUGGAAGCUACGUCCUAUUAUCACUAGGUUACAGGAAUCCUUUUUAAAAUAUUACAGGCCAACAGAACAUAUGAACUAUGAUGAAUCCAUGAUAAAAUACUUUGGUCGACAUAACCGCAAACAGUUCAUUAGAGGAAAGCCAAUUCGAUUUGGUUACAAAGUGUGGUGCCUGAACUCUGAAAACAGCUACCUUGUAAACUUUGAUAUCUAUCAAGGUAAAUCGCCACGACCAAACGAACCGUAUGAGGCAGCUUUUGGAAAAGCUGCGGCUCCGCUUGUUGUUAUGCUAGAUAAGUUACCUACACGGAACCUGCCUUACCAACUUUAUGUAGAUAAUCUUUUUACUAGUUUCAAUUUACUAGUCUAUUUGAAAGAGAGGGGAUAUGGUGUGACAGGAACCAUAAGAGAGAAUCGAGUCCCUAAAGACUUUCCUCUUGAAAAGAAAUCUAUGACUAAGGCAAAUAGAGGAACUUUGGUGGCAAAAAUUGAUAAGGAGGAUGGUAUCAUUUUGAUGAGGUGGAUUGAUAACGCCGUUGUCACGGUGGCCUCAACUUCCUACGGUAUGAAUCCCAUUCAGCAGGUCAAAAGAUACUCCCAAACAGAAAAGAAAAUCAUACAAGUUCCACGCUCACAUGCAAUUGGAAUGUAUAAUAAAUAUAUGGGUGGGACCGAUCGAAUGGACGAAGAUUUAGCCCGAUACCGAAUAAGCAUUCGAAGUAAAAAAUGGUAA